CACACACACAAUUUUCACAGCAUCUCAAAUUAUGUGCUGAACUUGUUAAAAUUCCGUGAUGGACAUUUAAUUUAGGUCUGCCUGAACACUAUACGGUCUCCCACAGCGUUUGAUACAGGCUGGACAACUCCCCUAAGAGCUCUCAAAUUUCCAUGGAUACCAUCAACACACACAUACCUUCAAUGCACUGCUGUGGAACAAUCCAGCUGAGUCUAAACAUUCUUCACCUCAUAGGAGAAAAAAAAGUGUGAUAUAUAAGAAACUGCAGGUAAAAUAUAAUCUGGACCAUUGGAAUAGUGAACAUAUGCUCCCAGGAAUACCUGUGUGAUAUGGAAAAUCAAAAGAGAACUUUUCAGCAAGAUGCUGAUUUGGCAGUGAUGGAUUCAGAGAUUGGAACACUCCUAAAUUAUAUAGAUUUUAUGGAGCAGGAGUAUUUUCAGACGUUGGAAUCCACACCAGAUCUCUGUCGUGGGCUUCCAGGACUUCUAAGAUACAAAAGAGAGUCCCAGGAAAGGAUGUACAGUCCUCAGCCCCAAAAGCAAGUGGACUCUCCAAUAUGCUGUCAGUUCUGUGGUUCGAGAGCUUGGCCGCCUCUGGAUCCGGUUUAUGCAGAGACACGAGAGGACUUCUGCUGUGAGGAAUACAGAGAGUUGUUUGAGAUUGUGGUCCAUGAAAAGCAUCUAGCUAUGAAACGUUCUGAUGCAAGGCCUAGUGGACCUGCUCGACUAGAUGACCCCUUCAUCACUGAGGACGAAGAACUACAAGAUAAAGCACAAGAAAGAGGAAAACGCAGUUUCAGACAGCAGCAGAGAGAGAUGCAGAGAUAUGACAGAGAUGCUCACUCCAGUUUAUUGGCAUCAAACAACAAUGUGCCUCAUGAUAAAACAGUCAUCAGUUUCCGGCUCUCUAACUGUCCACCCAAUGAGGAUGUUUGUAAAGAUAAAGAGUACAUGCAUGUGGACGAGACCUCUGGACAAUGGACACAUGAGUCUUCAGAUCCGGGGUCAAUUCAGUUUGGUUUAACACAUCACCAGUACAAUUCAAGUUUCUUGGAGAAGUACUACUCUAAUGGAGAUAAAUUUCUCACUGUGUUUCCAGAUGCUUCUGCACAAGUUUUCUAUCCCUCAGGAAACCUGGCUCUCAUCAUUCUCAGCAGCAAGAAGGAAAGGAUCUGUAUCAUACAUGAUGACAUGCCGACUCCUCUCUGUCCAGUCCGAGCCCUCUUUCAGUCUAAUGGCAGAGCCACUUGUUACCAUAGCAACGGCAGCAUUUGGUUGAGUAUGGAUGCUUGGGGUGGACGGAGUCUAGAUGAAGGCGGGAGAAGGAUCAGAACAUGGAGCUGGACAGACAAGGCUCAAACACCAACACCCCUGAGACCACUCUUUCUGUCGCUCAACAGAAAUAUAGGGGUACGAGUUCUUGGUCAACAGUUGGUGUUUGUGUCAUUCCUUGCUUCUGGACAGCAAGCCAGAUUCAGAGUAGGCAGCUGUGAGCUGUCCAAAGAACACAACAUACCUCCUCAAGUCCUCAUGUGUAAAGAGGAACUGGUACUUCUGGCAUGCAGGGUUGGCCUUCACAUGGCUCUGAUACGGUUACAGCAGUGCCAAGCCUUCCCAUCCAGCCCAACACACCUGCGGGUCAGACCUCCACCUUUCCUCCACUCGCUGGUCCGAAGGUUGAGGAGUUUAAGCCACAGAGUACAAAUGGAAGAGCCAGACAAGGCCUUUAUCCAGCACUGUCUGCAGGCCUGUCCAUGAACUGACAUGCUUAAAAUUAGUAUACAAAACAUACUGGAGGAAUUUCACUUGACUAAAGGUGCGAAUUUUUGUAGAAAAAAGUUCCGAUGUCCCUUGUCAAUAUUUUAGCAGUGUAUGAAGUACUGCUCAGACAGAAGUGACUUUCAAACACAGCAGCUUUCUGUUGCGGUCAGUGUGGCAAAUUCACGCAACCAACUACAUUCCCUAUCUGCAUAGGGAACUCUUUCGCCCUCAUACUAACUUCCAAAACAAUCUCAUGGCGAAUCAUAACUAUUUUAUGUUAUGGCUCAUUCAUACGUUUUCGUAUGGUCUGCCCCAGUGAGAGUUAUGUUGUAAAACACUCACAAUGUACAAAUUCAUACAAAAUUGUCACCUCCCAAGGAAUUCACACUUCGCAGAGAGGUUGAUUGACAGGUGAUCUGGCCAGUCAGAACGCUGAAUCUGCCAGUUUGUCUGACAAACAAACCAGACAGGACAGUAGUUAACAUCAGUGGACUUGAACAUGAAAAAUGUUGUGAACUGACAUCU